AUGGUGUUUAACAGCUCAUCUGUACGGCAGAGCAGCGAAACGGGGGGUUGGUCGCUCACAGAUAUCGCUUUCAGUUCCGUGUCGACUAGUGCAGAAGAAUCUACAUCUACGUGGGGACCUGCCAUUGUAACUCCUUCGAGUUCUUCGUUAGCUAGCUCACAAUCGAGCUCCAAGUCAAGUUCUCAGUGGUCCAGCGCAAUUUAUGUUUCUUCUUCAGUCUAUGACGUGUCUAGCUCGAGCCCAACAGUCUUUUCAUCCGAUCAAACUUCAGUGAGCACUUUAGUACCAUCUUAUCCAUGGUCAUCUGUUUCGUCAUCUAGUUCUAAGCAAAGCUUUUCGUCGGAUUUCGCCACGACAUCGACGUCUGCUUCAUCCCCGGGGUAUACUGUCUCCAGCGAUUCGAAAUCUGCGUUUAUCAUCUACACUCAGCAAUAUUAUAUCACGGGUUCUAGUACUACUUUCGAAACGGGACUUCCUACGACGACUGUUCGUGCAAAAACUGCGACGUCGAGCUUCUCGGUACCCAGUGCGACUCAGACGCGAGACUUCGAGUUUUAUCAAAACUGGCUCAAUGGUAGCCUUGGCGAAUCUGGCUCUCCGACAACUCCAGCAAAGAACAAGAUAAUUGGCGGAGUGGUUGGCGGAGUUGGAGGUCUGUUACUCUGCAGUAUCGUUAUAUGGCUAAUGUUCUUCAGACGACGGAAAAAUAAAGCUGAACCCACCGUUGGGUUCACCUACGAAAUUGGACGAAGGGCAGGAUACCCUUCGCAAUCGCAAUCAGUUGAUAUAGAUCAGGAGAAGACUCAACCUACACGGCAGGCACCAUUCCUGGCUAGAAUAAAGAAUAAAGCCAUCGCUCAAAUAUCUAAGAACAGGAACUCCGUUCCUCAGAAUGAGGAGAGUGAUCCAUUUCAAGAAGAGUUUGAUUUUCGUAAGAGACCGCAACCUCCAAUACCGCCCGCUCGAAGCAGGCACGAUACCAACCAGGAGGCCUCGACAAGGCCAGCGUACGACGUGCCGAUUGACCAUCGAUUCUCAUAUGUUUCGUCCCUAACAGACUCGUCUUACAUAUCCUCAGCAGAAGGUGACUACUCAUCGCUUUCCAGCACAUCAGUGAGACUGCCCUCAGAUGUGCCGAAUCAUUCAGAGAGCUCUCAUGGGUUUCUCCGCGAGGUGAUUUGA